UUAGGUUGGAAGGAAAAGAAGAAGGGGCACGGGGCACUGGUGCAGGCAUAGUGAUUCCUGGCGUUCGGCUAAGUUGAGUGCAAUGGUGAAAUAACUCGAGAAUUUCCCACUCUAGGGAUCUGGAAGUCCUUUAGGCAUAUUGAUCGUGGCAUGACUGAGCAGAUGAGGAGCGUCUAUGGCCGAGCAACCUAACUGUGUAUUCGGGGGGUCGGAAUCUCUUAACACAGCUCUUGGGGGUACCAACUCAUCCAGGAGCAGGCGAAAGGGAAGCCGUAAGCGCCCCAGUUCCGGCGGGAGUACAUCUUCGUCUCCCGACCGUUGGUCAUCGCGGCGAAAGCGCGGUCGUCAGGGGCGUAAGGAAAAAGAGUCGACAAGCAGCCACACGGUCUCUGCCUCCGCCACGGGCUCGGCCUCGGGCUCCACAGCCACUACGGCGCCCACCGCCCCGGCAGGAGGAAGAGGCCGUGCCACAAGAAGGAAAGAGAGCAAUUCCUCAGUGCCUUCUGAACAAUCAGGACGGGCUGGAUCAUUGGCUUCAGUAGAGGUAGAUAUUCAACCUCAGGACAGUCCGUCAUCCUCCAGUGCUAAUCAGGCGAAUAUUAGUAGUUCUUCUGCCAAAAGCAGGAGGAGUGCAUCUAGAGAGCGUAAUUCCGAGCAAGUAGCUGAAACCAAAGCUAGUUCUAGUAAAACAACCUCUUCAGCUACUAAUCUUGGUGGUGCCUCUACCAAAGCUUCCAAAAGAGACUAUCUAACAAGUGUCUCUGGAAGUGGAUGUCAAUCAAAGUCCAGCUCUCGCUCUCGACGUUCAGCAGGAAAUCAAAGUAGUGCACCUGUAAAGCCUAAAGCUCCUACACCUAAAGCAAGUGCUGCAAGUGCCGCAAGUGCAGACAGCUCAACCUCCAAAUCGAAGUCCCAAAGAAAAAAGGGAUCGACAUCCAAAAGCCGUAGCAGGUCACGGGCAUCUCGGUCUAGCAGCACACAAGAAACCCCUACCGAGAGUGUGACUGCUAGCACAUCACAUAACUGGACUGUCCAGGACACCUCUAGUCCUACACAAGCCAACAACUCAGCAGUAUCUUCACAUACUGGUACUAAGAGCAACAGAGCCAGCCGCAAAAGGGAAUUUGCUCCAGAAUCGUCUGGUUCAGGUUCGGGUAGAAAGUACACGCUGCGGAGUGGUGGAGGCAAGGCGGCGGCCGCCUCGCCCCCGAGCAGUAGGGCUGUGCCUCGGAAGAGGGCUAAAGUUGGGACAGACUCAACCAAAAAUCUGGGUACCUCUCACGCAACAGGGGUCAAGGGGAAGGAGGAGGCUGCAGGGAGCGCAGCAGUAGGUGUGGAGGGCAGCAGUGGCAGUGGUGGGCCGGUGUUAAGACGAAGCACCAGGAGCCAAGCCAACACGGGGUCCUGUGCUAGCACAAGCCGGCGGACGUCCCGGACAGGGAAGCUCCCCCUGCCCUCCAGUGCGACAUCAACCACUGCAGAGGGGAUGUCCUCAGGCCAGGGUCACCAUGAUGCAGCUAGUGGUUCACAAAAUGGAGUGCCUGUUGGGGAUGAUACCGCCAAAGGAACGCCUGGCUCAAGCAGUACAACACCAGCAGCAGCUGGAGGUCCCUCUGGCCUCACAGGUGCUGCUGUGGACAGUGAAAGUGAUGAUAGUGAAGUAGGACGGCUGCAAGCAUUGUUGGAAGCAAGAGGUUUGCCACCACAUCUCCUUGGUGCCUUGGGUCCUCGAGUGCAACACCUACUGCACCGCAGCAUGGGAGCCAACUCAGCUGCAACCAAAGCACAACAGCAACUAACUGGACUCCAAGCAGUGGGAGAUGAAGGACAACAACUGCAAGCAGUAAUUGAAAUGUGUCAGAUGUUAGUCAUGGGCAAUGAAGACACUCUUGCGGGCUUCCCAGUAAAGCAAGUGGUGCCAGCCCUUAUAGCUCUUCUCACAAUGGAUCAUAAUUUUGACAUAAUGAAUCAUGCAUGUCGGGCCCUGACAUACAUGAUGGAAGCUCUACCACGAUCGUCUGCAGCGGUUGUUGAAGCAGUUCCAGUGUUUUUAGAAAAAUUGCAAGUUAUUCAAUGCAUGGAUGUUGCUGAACAGUCUCUGACUGCAUUAGAGAUGCUCUCAAGACGUCACAGCAAAUCUAUCCUGCAACAUCGAGGUGUGGAAGCUUGUCUUAUGUAUCUGGAUUUCUUCAGCAUUAAUGCUCAAAGAGCGGCUUUAUGUGUAACAGCAAAUUGCUGUCAAAACCUCCAUGCAGAUGAAUUUCAUUUUGUUUCUCAAUCAUUGCCUCUACUAGCGGGUCGUCUUGUCCAACAGGACAAGAAAAGUGUUGAAAGUGUCUGUCUAGCUUUCAGUCGUUUAGUUGAUAGCUUUCAAAAUGUGCCAGAGAAGCUACAAGAAAUAGCAAGUCCUGAACUCCUUACAAACUUGCAACAACUGUUGGUGGUAUCUCCUCCAGUAAUAAGCACUGGGACAUUCAUCACAGUGCUUCGAAUGUUAUCAAUUAUGUGUGCCAAUUGCCCGGACUUGGCACUUACUUUACUACGGCAAAACAUUGCAGAAACUCUUUUGUAUCUGCUGACUGGAUCUGGUGAAAUUUCAAAUGAUGAAGUUGAACUUGUCACUAGAAGUCCUCAAGAACUUUACGAAAUCACUUGUUUAAUUGGAGAAUUAAUGCCUAGACUACCAUCAGAUGGAAUUUUCUCUGUAGAUGCUCUUCUUGACCGCCCUCAGGGUCAAGUGCAAGAUACUGUUCAAUGGCAGUGGAAAGAUGACCGUGGCCUCUGGCAUGCCUACAGCAGCAUAGAUUCUCGCAUAAUUGAAGCUGCACAUUUGACUGGUGAAGAUGAAAUUAGUCUUACCAUGCUAGGUCGUACAUACACUGUGGAUCUACAUUCUAUGCAACAAAUAAACGAAGAUACAGGCACGACAAGACCAGUGCAGCGUCGAUUGAGUCCACCAACCUUGUGUAGUUCACCAGCAACUGUUGCCAGUACUCCAGCUUCACCAGGGGCUCAGAGUGCAUCAUCAGACAGUGUUGAUACCUCUGGUUCCAACAAUCCAAGUAACUUCUCAUCAGGUUACGAUGUAAGAGUAGCAUGUAUGAGAGAAGAACGAGGCCUUGCUGCUUCCUUCAUACGUUCCCUAUUCAGUGUUCUCUAUGAAGUGUACAGUUCCUCUGCUGGGCCAUCAGUUAGGGUUAAAUGUCUGCGGGCCCUGUUACGCAUGGUCUAUUAUGCCUCUGCUGAUCUUUUAAAAGAUGUGUUGAAGAAUCAGGUUGUUUCAAGUCAUAUAGCUGGUAUGAUGGCUUCUCAAGACCUACGCAUUGUUGUUGGUGCCCUUCAAAUGGCAGAUAUACUAAUGACAAAGCUACCUCAUGUAUUUGGGACGCACUUCACACGGGAAGGUGUGAUGCACCAGAUAAGAUUACUUGCUGACCCUACUGUUCCUCUUGGUUCAUCACCACCCAAAAGCGCUAUAUGCACUCCUGCAUCUAUACCGCACACAAGUCGGACAUGCAAUCCAUCAGCAGAUGUGUUCAAUUCUGAACAGACCAUUCCUCUACCUCCAGCUCCAUUCAAUUCUCUUGAUAGUCAGCAACCAGGUACCUCAGCUUCUGCUCCAGGCUCAUCAGCAUCAACUUCCAGCUACAGUAUGCCUAUUCUUUGCGCUUCAAACACUAGCACUUUGGUAAGUGUUAGUGGAUCUUCAACCUCUUUGCAAGCGGGUCCUAGUGCAAGCAGCUCCAAUGGACUUUUACCAUUUCUGGAUGGAGGAGCCAGCCUUCUCCUGGGAUCUUCACCCCCUACAUCACAGAUGCCACGGUAUGAACGGCCAGAGCCUCUCCUUUCUUCAGAUGACGCGUGUACUUCAAGUCCAUCACAAUUACGGUUGGGUGAUGUUUUGAAACGCAAACGACAAAACCAAAAACGUGCUGUUGGGCCAUCUAGCCGUAAAACUCGUCAAGAUGACAGCAGUAAUCUUACAUCGUCAAUGGUGCAUGACCUCUUCACCAAAGCUACUUCAUUGAGUAACUCUGGGAGAUCAACUCCUAACAGCACCUCUAGAUCAAGAUUUAGUGGAGGAUCUUCUAAAAGCUUCCUUGCUAGUCUAAACCCUGCUCGCUGGGGUCGUAGUGUGAAUCCUGCUUUGACUGAGAGGGCUUUCAAGGACAUCCAACUGUCCAAGUCGUCUUCCAAUCCUAACCUCACAGCUGGAAACAGAGAAAAAGCACGAACUUGGGUGCGUGACCAAUCUUCUCGUUUCUUGGAAACGCACUGUAGAAUGGAGAACAAUGGGCCAAUGCAUCCAGCAACUGACAUUUUGACUCGCCUUACCCAGGCAAUUCAUAAAUUAAACCAUCAGCGUGAUGAAAGCUUAUCAGCCCUUUCUGAACUAAGAGGUAUCUUACUUGAGUCAGAUGUUUCACCAUUUGAAGUGAACCAUUCUGGUCUCAUAAAAGCCUUGCUGCAGUACCUAGCUGAUGAAACAGCCACUACUACAGGAGCAACAGUAUUGCACUUUGACCAUGCUCAACGUCUCCGAUGCUUUCUUCAUGUAUUUGCAGGAUGUCCGUUGGAUAAAAGUUGGAGCGGGUAUCCUCCAGAUUGGAAUCCUGCACCCUUCUCAGCUCUUGUUAACAAACUUAGUGGUUGUGUGUCUCAACUGGAACAAUUCCCUGUCAAAGUACAUGAUUUACCUGCAGGAACAGGCACUGGGAGAGCAGGUACUUCUGCUUUGAAGUUCUUCAACACCCAUCAGCUCAAGUGCAACCUACAGAGACAUCCAGAUUGUCAAAACUUGAAACAAUGGAAGGGUGGCACAGUCAAAAUUGAUCCUCUAGCGUUGGUACAAGCAAUAGAGCGCUAUCUGGUAGUGAGGGGCUAUGGUCGCUUGAGAGACAAAGAUACUGGUGAUUCUGAUGAAGAAAACAGUGAAGAUGACAUUGAUGACACACUUGCUGCUGUAGUUAUAAGUCAAGGCUCUGCCCGCCAUAAGCUGCAGUUUUUGUUAGGAGAACAUAUUUUACCUUACAACAUGACAGUGUAUCAGGCUGUGCGACAGUUUAGUCCAGCUGCUUUAAAUGAUCAGUCAGAGACUGAUACUGAUACGGAAGCUCCUUUAGGAAAUGCGGGUGUUUGGGUUCAAACACACACAAUUUACUAUCGACCUGUGCCUGAUGAUGAUCCACCCACUGCAACAAUUCGUCCAAACGCUAGCUGCUCUUCAUCUCAUGUAUCAAAUUCUUCCAACUCUGGACGGAAAGGGAAGGGUAGUAGCUCUAAAGCACGCAAAAAGACUGAUGAGCUUUGGAAUGAAGGUCGUCCACCAAUAGUUCAAUCGCCUCUUCUUGCAUUCCUUACCACUCAGUUGCCAGAUUCUGUUACAAUUCAGGAUGCUUCUUUGUCUGUGUUGUGUUUAUUAAGAGUCCUCAAUGCUUUAAAUCGCAACUGGGGCACACUUUACCCUUUCAUAACCUACAAACCAAUUAUCACACAGCAGGACUUUGUGAACAGCAAAGUUGCAGCUAAAGCAAGCAGACAACUUCAAGAUCCCUUAGUUAUUAUGACUGGUAAUCUCCCACCAUGGCUCCAACAAAUUGCAGUUACCUGCCCAUUUUUGUUCCCAUUUGAAACAAGACAACUUUUGUUGUAUGUCACUUGCUUUGACCGAGAUCGUGCUUUACAACGUCUACUUGAUUCUAGUCCUGAGCUAAGUGGUUCUGACAGCCAAGAACGUGUAACACCGCGUCUGGAUCGCCGUAAGCGAACAGUCUCCCGAGAUGACAUUCUAAAGCAAGCUGAGCAAGUAUUCCAGGACCUUGCUACUUCUCGAGCUCUUGUUGAAAUUCAAUAUGAAAAUGAGGUUGGCACUGGACUUGGUCCCACACUCGAGUUCUAUGCUUUGGUGUCAAGGGAGCUUCAAAGAGCAGACCUAGAAUUGUGGUAUGGAGAUAAAAUACCAGCAACUGAAUCAUCUCCAAGUUAUACUCAUUCACCUGUUGGAUUAUUCCCUUCACCGUUUGGUCGCACAACUAAAGUAUCUCAUGUGGCAAAGGUGAAAUCAAAGUUUAGGUUCCUUGGCAAAUUAAUGGCAAAAGCAGUCAUGGAUUCACGCAUGCUAGAUUUGCCUCUCAGUGAGUCCUUGUACCGUUGGCUGCUAGGUCAAGAAACAACUUUGAGUUUGCCUGACUUGCAGCAUGUGUGCCCAUCUGUACACCGUACAUUAGUUCAGCUUCAAGGAGUGUUGAGAACUAAAGAAACUUUAGAAGGCAGCCCUGAUAUGACAGUUCAACAGAUUAUGGAAGCAACUGACCGUUUGGAAUUGGAUGGUUGUCCCAUUGCGGACUUGGGAUUGGAUUUAACUCUUCCUGGUAGUAGUAAUAUAGAAUUGAGAAAGGGUGGAAAAGACAUUACAGUUACACCUCACAACUUAGAUGAAUACUGCAAGCUUGUUGUGCAUUGGUUCCUAGUCGAAGGUGUUUCAAGGCAAAUGGAAGCCCUGAGAGAAGGGUUUGAAACAGUCUUCCCUCUGUCACACCUUCGGCUCUUUUACCCAGAGGAAUUGGAAUUGAUUUUUUGUGGUUCGAAUCAGGGAUCUAAUUCUCAAAAUUCUCCAUGGGAUAUCAAAAUGUUAAUGGAGUGUUGUCGGCUGGACCAUGGAUACACUGCUGAUUCCCGAGCAAUUCGUUUCCUCUUUGAGGUACUUAGUUCAUACACGCCACAUGAACAGCGUCAGUUUUUACAGUUCAUUACUGGGUCUCCUCGUCUUCCCGUUGGAGGCUUCAAGAGCUUGUCUCCACCCCUAACUGUUGUAAGGAAAACCUUAGAACCAAAUAUGAAUCCAGACGACUUCCUUCCAUCUGUGAUGACCUGUGUGAACUACCUUAAGCUACCAGACUAUAGUUCUGUGGAAGUCAUGCGUGCAAAGCUUAACCUGGCAGCUCAAGAAGGCCAGCAUUCAUUCCACCUGUCAUAGUCGAAGCUCAAUAAUCCACCAUUCAGUUACCAUGGGGCUUACACAUUGUGUAGCCAAGCUUAUACAUAACUAUAUAUGCAUCUGUGUAUAUAUUUAUGUUUAUAAUUUGUAUAAAUAAUUAUUUGCAAUUGAAGUACCUUGCCUCGUGAAAACGUCAGCACUGAAAAGUUUUGAUAAAUAGUAACUUUUUGUUAAAUUCCCACCAUAUCCUAAUCAGUUUAUUUCGUCUUGUCUAGCAUUUGUGAAUUGCGACUUCUGAAGUCUUUAAAGAGUGUGUUUAACAUGUGAUUUCCUCUAUUCAAAGUCUUGACUUUUUCUUUUUGUUGUAUGUUGACAGCGUUGUGCAAUUGUGCAAGCUGUACUUUGCAUAAGGUUGCUGUGGUUCUACAUUUUAAUGCUAGUGAAAUUACUUUUUUUAUGAUGCAUUUAACUGUUGUAAUAGCUGGCUGCAUUGAAUCCAUGACCUCAGAAAUCAUGGUCAACACAGCUUUUGAUGUGAUAGUAUAAGACUACCCUUAUAUUUUAAUUUUAAACUACUUUCAUUUUUUCUUUGAGGUAUUUGGAGUUCCUCAAACAAAAUCUCCAACUAUUUGUAUGGAUAAAAAAUUGAACUUAGUUGUGAAUGUGUGUAUGGUUUAAAAGAAUACAACUAUUAUCUUCCAUUUAAGGAAAAUAAAGCGAUAAUGGAACUGAAUUAAAGGUUUAUUUCCUUGGAUUGUAAGUA